AUGCUGGCUAAGAGCGAGUCGGUGGUGGUUGAUGAGAAGGAGAAGGAGGUGAAGCAUCCACGUCUUCCGCUUCAGCUCCCGGCCCAGACGACGCCGCCGGAUUCCCCGCCGCUGAAGGAGUAUCUGGAGGCCCCUGCCGAGCAGAUUGUCAAGGAUGUAUGGCAGGAGGUGUUGGGCUGUGGAGAGGAUGAUUCUGAUGACGUGUCGUUCUGGGAUCUCUGGGGUGAGAGUCUACUUGCCGCCGCCGCCUUGAGCGAGGCUUACGGCAGGCGAGACGUCAAGUUUUUGGUCGAAGAGUUGUUAGACAGGCCGACGAGGAGGUUGCAGGCGUUCAUGCUCAGCGGUUGA